CGGCCUGCUCCCAGCGUCUCCCUCUGCCUAAAUCCGUCGUGGCCAACCUGGAGGCCAACCCACCGUGGAGACGGCGAAACGCUUCGCUUUCGUUUCCCUGCGCAACGACGCCCGGCCGUCUCCCCCUUCCGCGGCGCCCUGCGAGCCACUUUCGGUUUCCAUUCUGCUUUCCGCGACUUUCUUUGCUUCCGAUUCAUUCCCUGGUUGGCUCAUUCCGAGGAAUCGGCUCGGUCUGACGAUUCGCCCUGAAAAGCAGAGGAUUUUCAUCGGACGGCUUGGCCCGUCCUCGGGAAGCUACGUUACCCCGCUCCCCCGUCGUUAGUUUUAGAACUGCGAGCGGCGAUCUCGCUGUCGGGUUUUCUCUUUGUUUGUUUGUUUGUUUGAGUUGGAAGAAAAACGGAGCCCGAGGGGAGAAAAAUAACUAUCGCAAAGCGAGAGGUUUGAGGAGAGAGGGGAAAAUGACCGACGUGGAGCGAGAGAAUUUGCUUCGCUGCAGGAAAUAUAUAGUGAAGACUUUAAAUCCUGCUUAUAUAUUGAGCUACAUGAAAACCUGGCUGUCCGAUGAGACCGUGGAGAAAAUUCAAGAGCAAAGUGAUCGGCCAACCAUGGCAGCAGAAUUCUUUCUUCAGUCCGUUGUAGAGCUCAGCACGGAUGGAUGGUUCCGUGGGUUUCUGGAUGCACUAAAAGCAGCUGGUUAUAGUGGCCUUUAUCAAGCAAUUGAAAAUUGGGAUUUCAAGAUAAUUGAAAAUCUGGAACCUCACAGGGAAUUGUUGAAACGAAUUGAGCCUACUUUGCAGGACAUUGACAUCAAAGAAGUUCAUUACCACAUGAGGAAGUGCCUCUUAGACCAGGAAUGGGAAGAAAUUCUCCAGGUUAGAGAAAGGAAAGGGAGAAAAGCAGGUGCAAGCAAACUUGUAGACUGUCUGUGUAGAUCGGACAAAGAAGAUUGGCCUGAAACCUUCCACCAGGCACUGGAUGCGACUAAAUACAAGAACCAGAGAGACCUAUGGAAUUUGAAAGGAGAUGAUAAUGCGGACGUCGAAAUGGCAAAUGAAGAUGAAGGCAGCUGCGUAUUUAAAAUUCUACAGUUUUCUGAAGAAGCAGAAUCUGACAAUCUUUGUGGAAGUUCACCUUUAAAUGCCUUCCAGCAGACCACAGGUAUUCCGUGGAAGGCGAGAAGCUAUCAGAUAGAACUUGCUGAGCCUGCUCUCAAUGGCAAAAACACCAUGAUUUGUGCCCCUACCGGAUCUGGGAAGACCUUUGUGUCUAUUAUGAUAUGUGAGCAUCAUCUCUGCAACAGGCCUGCUGGGCAGGAAGGAAAAGUGGUCUUCCUUACUCCAAAAGUCCCAGUCUAUGAACAACAGAAGAAAGUCUUCCAUGAAUACUUCAAAAACAACUACAGCGUUGCAGGCGUCUGUGGGGAAAAUGCUUCCUUGUUCCCUGCAGACAUGGUUAUUAAAGGGAACGAUAUUAUUGUCAUGACCCCCCAGAAUCUUUUGAACUCUCUGAAUAAUGAGACACUUCCUUCUCUUUCAAUAUUCACACUGAUGAUAUUUGAUGAGUGCCACAACACUACGGGGAAUAACCCAUACAAUAUGUUAAUGUUCAAGUACUUGGACCUUAAACUGGAACAAAGUGGAAUUCCACUACCUCAGAUUGUAGGACUGACCGCUUCUCCUGGCAUUGGCACUGCCAAAAAGCUAGAUGAGGCCAUAGAACAUAUCUGCAAGUUUUGUGCUUCACUCGAUAUUGGAGUGAUAUCAACAGUCAGAAAGAACACAAAGGAUCUAGAAGAAAUUGUGCAUAAACCUGAAAAAAUUAUUAGGCUUGUUGGGAAUCGUCCACAAAGUCACUUCGUGGAUAUUGUGUCUCAGAUGAUGUCGAAAGUGGAGGAUCUGGCAAGACAGUUUUAUCCUAUUGAUACCUUGUCUAAGUUGAAGAGUCAUUGUUAUGGGACCCAGAGCUACGAGCAGUGGAUAGUUAAUGUGCAGAAGAACAGUGUGGUGUUACAGUUGCCGAAUAAGGAAGAAGAAAGCCGAAUCUGCAAGGCUCUUUUUAUUUGCACGGAACACCUCCGGAAAUACAAUGAUGCCUUGAUAAUCAAUGAAGAUGCCCGAACCAAAGAUGCUCUGGUUUAUCUGAAGGAUUUUUUUGAGGAUACGAAAAAUGGCAAAUUUGAUUAUAUUGAACGUCAGCUGGCUUCAAAUUUUGAAGUUAAAUUGCCAGAGCUCACUGCUGCUUCCCAGGAUGAAUCCAAUGAAAACCCUAAAUUGGAGGAUCUUGCAGAGAUCUUGGGAGAGGCAUAUCAUUUCAACCCUGAGACACGCACUAUUCUCUUUGUGAAGACAAGAGCACUGCUAGCAGCAUUGAAGAAUUGGGUAGAAGAAACACCUGAACUUAAGCACCUGAAACCAGAGACAUUGAUGGGACGUGGGAAAAGAAACCAGCAUACAGGCAUGACCCUCCCAAAUCAAAAAGUGAUUUUGGAUGAUUUCAAAACCAAUGGGGACAGCAAGCUGCUAAUAGCAACUUCAGUUGCUGAUGAAGGGAUCGAUAUUCCUCAGUGCAACCUGGUCCUGCUAUAUGAAUAUACAGGCAACAUCAUCAAAAUGAUACAAGUCCGAGGUCGUGGAAGAGCAAAAGACAGCAAGUGCAUUCUUGUGACUAGCAAAAAAGAGCUUGAAGAGAAGGAGAGAUACAAUUUACAAAAAGAGGAAAUGAUGAUCAAGGCUAUUGAAGUGGUGCAGAGCUGGGAUGAAAAGAAAUUUGUGCAGAAGAUAAGUGCGUUGCAAAAGAUGCAGAAAGUGAAGAAAAAACUGGCACAACCAAAACCCUGGAUAAACAAUCGAGUCCUCUUGUGUGGCAGAUGCAAGAAAUAUGCCUGCAGCACGGAGAACCUCCGGGUGAUCGAGGAUUCGCACCACACUGUUUUAGAUGAGGAAUUUAGAACACGAUAUAAAACAGAACCUCACAAGAAGAAAAACAGCUACGGGAAUUUUGAGAAGAAAUGCAAGAUGCACUGCGUCAACUGCCAUCAUGAUUGGGGAAUCACAGUGAAGUACAAGGUAUUUGAGGACAUACCGAUCAUCAAAAUUGAGAGCUUUUCCGUUCAGGAUGUUGUCAGCAAUAAGCAGUUUCACUUCCGAAAAUGGAGGGAUGUUGAUUUUGCGAUGAAAGACUUUGAUAUUGAUGAAAUGCCUGAAUGAAGUGCUGUCGUCUAUUCAAAUUUCUGCUUAUAGUCUUGUACAAACACAUUCUCUUUUAAAGUCAGAUGGGUGACUGGGAUACUAUUAACUUUCCAGUUACUCCAGCAUGAAUUCAUACUCCAAGAUAGCUUUGGCAUCUAUGUGACUUUUAGUAUCCUUCCAUUAGUCAGUGCUUCUUCAGAAAAACUAAUCUGUUGCCACUGCUGUCUUUUGAUUAUGCAAUUUAAUAAUAAACAUAUGUUUGAAGCUUUAAAGGCUCAUUGGUUCUUUGAAGAGGCUGGGAAUAAGGGGUGGUUUUUAAAUUAUAGCUGUACCUGGCUAUUUUAAAAAAAUCAGGGAAAUGAUAUUCUAGUAAUGUUAAGGUGAAGUUGAACUAGAAUGAAUACCAAUAGUUAAGAAGGUCAAGUCUUCAUGCUUGUAAUUCAGGACUCAAGGUACUAUACCAGCUAGAAUGUAUUGGUAGGAUCCCAUUGCGGUUGCAACUUUUUAUUGCUCUAGAAAUUAUCAGAACCUCAAAGUGUGUUCCCUCCUAAUAAAGCGAAGGAGAUCUAUCCUUUUCCUUGAACCUCUGUUCCAGGAAACGUGGGAUAGCUCUUCAUCUGGGACCGAAUGCAGACAAAGUAAAAUCCAUAAAAGAUUCUACUGAUUUUUGAAAACAGGUUUAG